ACUCGGCUAUUCAGCGACGCCGAGACAGGCUUGUUCUCACCAAGGAACAUGACGCCAAGGUACGGCACGGGAAUGACCGCGACGUCAAGAUCGGCCUCCACCUCCUCGUCCGGCAAGCAAAACGGCGUCGGCCACGGGAGCGAGUGCUCGUGCUGCCCGUACGGUUACCACAUAGACCUGGACUUUGUGCGGUACUGCGAGGAUUGGCAGGCAGCGGCCAGCGAUCGGAUAGCUCGGGGCAACGAGGAGAAGCGCAGGAGGCGCGCCAGGCAGAAGCAGUGCCAGUCCAUGGAGUUUCUGCUCGGCUUGCCCGGGGACAAGGAGUACAAGCCAGUGCCGCCGCCUGCGAAGCCAACACCGCCGAAACCACCGCCAAAGCCGAGCCCCGACAGCAUCAAACUCAACAGGGACUGGCAAGAGAGCCUCAACAAUUUCGAGCGAGCCCUCUCGCAAUCGUACACCGGUCCCAGCCGAAGCGCGGCCAUCGACACCUUCGAUCCGAGCAGCAUCUGCACACUCGAGUACCUCACGAAUGGCAGUACGUGCGUCGAGCCGAGGCGGGUACCCGAGAUCGGAGCCGCAAGAGAAGAGCCGCAGGAGGACGAAGAGGAGCGCGAAGGAGAGAGCAGCAGCAGCAGCAACGGCGGCAGCAGGCCGCACUCCUCGAGCGCCGACUGGGGGGAGUCCGAGUCAGCGGUGCGUGUCGGCAACAAGAGCCGCAGCUGCAGCCCGAGCCCCUCGCUAUCCUCGAGUAGGCUCGUGAUCCAACAGCAACAACAGCAACAGCUACGCCGGGCCUCCUACUCCUGCGCCGAGGUGGAACCGGUGAGCCGCGUCGCCGCGGGCUGGGCCAACAAUGGGGCAAUCACAACCAGCACCAGCAGCAGCUGUGCCAGCAGCAAUGAGAACAACAACAACAACAACAACAACAACAACAACAACAACGGUAGUAGUGGUGGCGCAAACAGGCCAUGCCUGCAGAGUAUACGGGAGCAGAUGGCCGGGGCCCUCGAGCGCAUGAAGCAGCUCGAGGAACAGGUCAAGGAGAUACCGCUGCUCCACGUGCAGCUGUCGGUCAUGAGGGAGGAGAGGAGGAUCCUGCUCAGGCAAUUGGCCAGCCAGAGGAAACUCCGUUCGGGACACUCGCAUCAGACUGGCCCAGGUGUGGCUGGCAAGAGAGACGCAGGUACCUCCUGUGCCGUCGUCACCCGCGACGUUGGCGUCUCCCAUCAGCAG